AUGAGGACCUGGGCUUGCGUUUUGCUGAUAGGUUUUGGGUACCUGUCCUUUACCUUCUCCGAGGAGGCCGAGAUCCCGCAAGAGCUCAUCGAGCGGCUGGCGCACAGCGAGAUCCACAGCAUCCGCGACUUGCAGCGCCUCCUGGAGAUUGACUCCGUAGGAUAUGAUGAUGUUUCAGAAACAAACUUGAGAUCUUACAGUGUUCAUUCUGCUAAACAUGUGCAAGAGAACCGUCCUGUGCCCAUUCGCAGAAAAAGAAGCAUUGAGGAGGCCAUCCCGGCGGUGUGCAAGACGCGGACGGUGAUCUACGAGAUACCUCGGAGCCAGAUCGACCCUACCUCGGCCAACUUCCUGAUAUGGCCGCCCUGCGUGGAGGUGAAGCGCUGCACCGGCUGCUGCAACACCAGCAGCGUCAAGUGCCAGCCCUCCCGGAUACACCACAGGAGUGUCAAGGUGGCAAAAGUGGAGUAUGUUAGAAAAAAGCCAAAAUUAAAAGAAGUUCUGGUGAGAUUAGAAGAGCAUAUGGAAUGCACCUGUACAUCAUCAAAUACUAAUUCAGAUUAUAGAGAAGAAGAAACUGGCGAGACCGAGGCAUGGAGAAAAGCCUGUGCAAGGUCAUACAGCAAGGCUGUGGCAGAACCAGGGAGAGGACUCAGAUCUGAGUGCUCAUCCAGUGCCCUAAAUCACACGACCAUCUUCCCUUUCCAAGAAUGA